UGGUGUUCAUAUGUUCGCGUAUGGCUCGCAAUUACACGCGCAGACGCCAACCGAGCGUCGCGCGGUCAAGCCGGUUAUUUGCGCUCAGCUGUUUGUUCGUCAACAUUUGCGCAUUGUCAUUUUUUUUGGGAUUAUUUUUGCUAAACUUGAAACAAGAAGAUUGCGAUUCCAUGGUCUGGAGUGCAUUGUCCUGUUUAACGCAUUGUCAGCUGGACAAAAAUGGUCUGUAAUCGUAAUGUAUUCGCUAUGUUGGUUUGCGUAACAGCUGUAGCGAUAGCUUGGUUCUAUGUGAUCAAUCAGAAGCAAGAUGUGGAGCGUGUGCGGCGUGAAGGAGCGGUGGCUUCCAAUGCCUACGAAUGCGCCUCGGUAGGUGCGGAUAUUCUACGCCAGGGAGGUUCUGUAGCGGAUGUUGCUGUGGCCAUGAUGUUUUGUGAGGAAGUAGCUUGCCCGGAGAGUGCCGGGAUUGGAGGUGGCUUCCUACUUACAUACUACCACCGUGAUUCGGGCAAAGUUGAAGUAUUCGAUGCUCGGGAGAUUGCUGCGAAGGCCGCCUCGCAAGACAUGUUCGUUGAUCACAAGAAUGGGACGGCACAUGGUGGCUUGGCCAUUGCGACUCCUGGAGCAUUGAAAGGUUAUUGGGUGUUACAUCAACGGUAUGGGAAGCUGCCUUGGAGACGUCUGGUGGAACCUUCGAUUGAGCUUUGCUACAGUGGGCAUAUGGUUGACCCUUACAUGGCACAGGCAUUGCAGGACAGGCGGGAUAAGGUUCUAAACACUCCAUCACUUCGAGAGAUAUUUGUCGACCCACAAACAGGGGAUGUUUGGAAACAAGGAGACCGAUUCAGGAGGCCCCUGUUUGCCGAGACGCUCAAGGUUGUGGCCGACGAAGGUGCCGAUGCUCUGUAUUCAGCCAAAGGUUCUCUUCUUCCCAAGGUCAUGUCCGAUUUGAAGAAUUUUGGAAGUAUCGUUACGGAGAAUGACUUCUAUGACUACGAACCUCGAUGGCUAUCACCGGUUUCAACCGAAAUGCGUGACGGGAAAACAGUGUACAGUGCUGCCCUUCCCGGUGGUGGAACAAUAUUAAUUCAUAUGCUGAAGGUUCUAGAUGGUUUCAAAAACCUUAAUCCAGACGACCCAAUAACUUGGCAACGUGUGGUGGAGACUUUUAAGCACGCAUAUGGUGUCCGUACCAGACUAGGGGAUCCUCCAUUCGUCGUCGGAAUUGAGGAUCUCAUCCAGAAUCUCACCAGCUCGGACUACGCUGAUUUUAUAAGGGAUAAAAUCAGCGAUGAUAAAACCUACCUAAACUAUGAUUUCUACGGUGCAGAUUUCACUACGCCUGAUGAUCGCGGAACGGCGCACGUGUCAAUUUUGGGACCAAACGGAGACGCGAUAGGUGUGACCAGUACCGUUAACGAUUUCUUUGGCGCCCACUUGCGAUCGCCUCGAACGGGGAUUAUCUUCAACGGAGAGAUGGACGACUUUUCGACACCCGGAGUUGUAAACAUCUUCGGCGUUCCGGCAUCACCGGCGAACUACAUUGCGCCCGGGAAGCGACCUCUAUCAUCAAUGUCGCCAACGAUCGUUGUGGAUCAGAAUGGGGACGUUCGUCUGAUAGCGGGUGGUGCUGGUGGAACAAGAAUCACCACUGCCACUCUUCAGGUGGUGCUGAGGAAGAUCAUAUUCGGGCAGAGUCUAGCGGAGGCAAUGGAUGGUCCUCGAGUGCACCAUCAGCUAGCACCGAUGGAGGUAGAGUACGAAGGAUCUGUAGACGCUCGGAUCAUCGAUGGACUGAUAGCACGAGGACACAAGUUGAGGAAAGUGAAACGAGUUGCUACGAUGACGGCCGUGGCGAGAGAGGACGACGGUCGGGUUACGGCAGCGUUCGAUCCAAGAAGGCCGGGAAGUGUUGAGAUUGUAGAAUUUUGAACAAUAAAUCAAAAAUGAAAUGAAACAUGAAAUCAAAA